AUGGAUCCUCUCAGCGUCAUUGCCAGCGUCAUUGCUGUACUCCAAGCAGCUAAUGCUGUCAUUUCGAUUUGCUAUGACUUCAAGGCUGCCAUGAAAGAUGUCCCGAAGACGCUUACGUGGAUCAUUACUGAGAUACAGGAAUUGCGGAGUGUCCUCGAAACGAUGGAUCAACUCGCCUCAAGGGACUCAAAUACCGACCCAGGUUUGUCGCUGAAGCAGUGGCGCUCCUUCGAAAUAGUCUCCGAACCCCAGACUGGACCCCUGGCGGCGUGCCUACGGGAACUCAAGUCUUUAGAGACCUUGAUAGGUGGUCAAUCCGGAGAUAAGAAAGGGUCCAAAACGAAAGCCCUACUUCAAGUGAUGAAGUGGCAGUUUGGCGGUGAGGAAAUUCGACUUUCCUUGCAACGGAUUGAACGCAUCAAGAGUACCCUCAGCUUGGCUAUCACAGCAGACGAAGCUCGGGUCGAUGAGAAGCGAUAUUACGACAAUAACUCAGAAUAUGCAAACCAGAGAACUUAG